GGAAGUAGCAGAAGCAGCAGCAGCGUGGAUAUGUCGGACCCGGCGACGCAGGCCCUACAACCCCGGCUUCUCCAAGCCCAGUCCACCGGGUCAGCGGGGUCCGGUUCUGCUGCGAUAGGCUCCGGGCCGGGGAGCAGCGACCCGGCCAGACCAGGACUCAGUCAGCAGCAACGUGCGAGCCAGAAGAAAGCUCAAGUCCGAGCUUUCCCACGGGCGAAAAAGCUCGAGAAACUUGGCGUAUUCUCCGCAUGCAAGGCCAGUGACACAUGCAAGUGCAAUGGAUGGAAAAACCCAAACCCACCCUCAGCUCCACGUAUGGAUCUGCAGCAGCAAGCAGCCAGUCUGAGCGAGCCCUGCCGCAGCUGUGGACAUGCUCUGGCUGAUCACGUGUCUCACCUGGAGAACGUGUCUGAGGAUGAGAUCAACAGGCUGUUAGGGAUGGUGGUCGACGUGGAGAACCUCUUCAUGUCCGUGCACAAAGAGGAGGACACCGAUACAAAGCAGGUUUACUUCUACCUUUUCAAGCUCCUGAGGAAAUGCAUCCUCCAGAUGAGCCAGCCGGUUGUAGAGGGGUCCCUUGGAAGCCCACCGUUUCAAAAGCCCAACAUUGAGCAGGGGGUUUUGAAUUUUGUUCAGUACAAGUUCAGCCACCUCGCACCAAAGGAGAGGCAGACCAUGUUCGAACUGUCAAAGAUGUUCCUUCUGUGUCUAAAUUACUGGAAGCUCGAGACACCGACCCAGUACCGUCAGCGUGCGCAGAAAGAAGAAGCGACAACUUACAAAGUGGACUACACCAGGUGGUUGUGCUACUGCCACGUCCCGCAGAGCAACGACAGCCUGCCCCGCUACGAGACCACCCAGGUGUUCGGCCGGAACUUGCUCAAAUCCAUCUUCACCGUCACCCGACGACAGCUGCUGGAGAAGUUCAGAGUGGAGAAGGACAAACUGCUGCCGGAGAAACGCACGCUCAUCCUCACACACUUCCCCAAGUUUUUGUCAAUGCUGGAGGAGGAAAUCUAUGGUGAGAAUUCACCUAUUUGGGAGGCCGACUUCACCAUGCCGGCCUCAGACGGCACUCAGAUGGGACAUCAGACAGGGAUCAGUUCAGCUUCAGUCUCUGGCUCUUCUGCUUUGUCCAAAUGUCUGAGCAGCAGCUCAACUCUGGGYAGCAUGGACACCGGAGCCGUAGAGCCCAUCUCAGGGGAAAAACGCAAACUGCCGGAGGCUUUGACUCUAGAAGAUGCGAAGCGGAUUCGCGUGAUGGGAGACAUUCCCAUGGAGCUGGUUAACGAAGUCAUGAUGACUAUCACUGACCCCGCUGCUAUGCUCGGACCAGAGACUAAUUUGCUGACACCCAACGCUGCACGAGAUGAGACUGCCAGGCUGGAGGAGAGACGGGGCAUCAUAGAGUUCCACGUCAUCGGAAACUCCCUCUCCCAGAAGUCSAACAAGAAGAUCCUGAUGUGGUUGGUGGGCCUCCAGAACGUCUUUUCUCAYCAGUUACCUCGCAUGCCCAAAGAGUACAUCACCCGGCUGGUGUUCGACCCGAAGCACAAAACCCUCGCCCUCAUUAAAGACGGCCGUGUCAUCGGAGGCAUCUGUUUUAGGAUGUUUCCCACUCAGGGCUUCACCGAGAUCGUCUUCUGCGCCGUCACAUCCAAUGAGCAAGUUAAGGGUUACGGCACCCACCUGAUGAACCACCUGAAGGAGUACCACAUUAAACACAACAUUCUUUAUUUCCUCACGUACGCUGACGAGUAUGCCAUCGGCUACUUCAAGAAGCAGGGAUUUUCCAAAGACAUUAAAGUGCCCAAGAGUCGAUAUCUGGGGUACAUCAAAGACUACGAAGGAGCGACCCUCAUGGAGUGUGAGCUGAACCCGAGAAUCCCUUACACCGAGCUGUCUCACAUCAUUAAGAGACAGAAGGAGAUUAUUAAGAAGCUGAUUGAGAAAAAACAGAAUCAGAUCAGGAAGGUUUACCCGGGUCUCACCUGCUUCAAAGAAGGAGUCCGGCAGAUCCCAGUAGAGAGCAUCCCAGGAAUAAGAGAGACGGGCUGGAAACCCACUAACAAAGAUAAAGGGAAGGAAGUAAAGGACCCUGAUGUUCUGUACAAUAUGCUGAAGAACCUUCUGGCUCAAAUAAAGACUCAUCCUGAUGCCUGGCCUUUCAUGGAGCCSGUGAAGAAAUCUGAAGCUCCUGAUUACUACGAGAUCAUCCGCUUUCCCAUCGACUUGAAGACCAUGACGGAAAGGCUCAAGAACCGGUACUACGUAACCAAGAAGCUUUUCAUUGCGGACCUGCAGCGAAUCAUCAGCAACUGUCGCGAGUACAACCCUCCGGACAGCGAGUACUGCAAGUGUGCCAACACUCUGGAGAAGUUCUUCUACUUCAAGCUAAAAGAUGGAGGCCUGAUUGAGAAAUGAGCAAGUAGAAGCAGAUCACAAGGAAAAUAUUAUAAGCUGUUGCCAUCGGGUCAGUAACAUUAAAAAAAAAAAAAAGUUGAGGCUUUGGAAAAGAAACAAAUCAGAGCCAGCUGAGCAUCACAAGUGUCGUUAAGACGCCCGUUUAAGCCAUUUCCUGAGUUUUAUUUGUUUAACUUGGUGAAAGAAGAACCUGCRAUGUACAUGCUUCACUGAAACAAACCAAAGUUACAGGAAAAAGUUAUAAAACUGCUUCGCUAUCCCCAUAUAUUUAUUCUAUAACCGAUCCCGUCGUGUCGUUUUGGACGAUGGUUUAUUCCCAUUUUUAAGCGUAAAUUGCGCCACAGGAGCCAGUUUAUCCUUCGUUGUCCUCCAGGAAAAUGAAGCGGACCUCGGGACCUAAAGCCACAUUGCCUUCUGUUACUGACAGACCCUUGAACAUCCCAGCUGAGCGUGAAGAGCGGUGAAGGCCAGAGCUGGACCGUACUCGGAGUCGAUGGGUGAGAAACAUUUAAUUUGUGUGGAAGUAUCAGAUGAAAAACAGUUUUUUUAUUUUAUUUUUUUGGUUCGUUUGUAGAUUUAUUUGCACCGUUUGUCAAGAAAAUGGGAAGCUUGUUUUGGUUUCGAUGUCACUUUCAGCACCGUUUAAUCCUGUGUGCCAAGCUAAACAAGCUGUUAGUCAACACAAACAAAAAAAACACAUUUCUGUUUGCUUGAAGCAUAAAUUAUUCAUAUAAAGUAUAAAACUGUUGAAGCAACAUUCCACUGGCUCUGUAUUGUUCCAAAUCACUUCAGAGAACGUCUCUAACUGUAGCUUGUUUUCUGCUUAACAGCAUUAGUUUUUUAUUGACACCUCUUUUUUUUUUUACACUUAAUAGUUUUGUGUUGGUGAGAAGAAACAGACCAGUUGUAUUUUGGAUUUUAGUUUGUGGACAGACGUUAUUUAUCUUCAAACAGGUUGAAGUGGAUGUGAAUGCAUGACAGUUUACAUUUCUUUUACUUGUUAUGUUCAAUUUUUUUUUGACAAAGUGCUUCCUUAGAUGCAUCCACUUAUUUCAGGGGAGUUAUUUUGGAAUGCCGAUUGGUCCAGCUGAAUGUUUCUUUGAAUCUGUGCAAAUUAAUUUGUUUUAUACUGUGUUUAAAUGACAGAGUUUUGAUUGAAGUGAUGUCAGUGUUGCAUUAUUCAGGGUUAUAAAUAACAGAUUUCACCCUAAAUCCACCUAUGCUGCAUUUCAGAUUUUUUUUGAAAGGCCAGAUUGAGUGAAGCUUCUUGCUGUUGGGUUGAACUUCCUUCACUGUAAUCCUGUUCAUGAAAAUAAAGAUGUUUUUUUAAUAUAUAAA